AUGCAUGAGAUUCUGGACAAGGCGUAUGACAAGUACGUGGGUGGAAACAUCGACCAAUCGAGCCUGAAGCACGGAGACCUGCUGUGCGAUCCAACGCUGGUUGAAGAUUACGCGGACGUGGUGAAGACGUUUCCGCAGAGACGGCGUGACGACGAGGAGCACAGCGUGAAUAGCAGCGUCGUGUUCAACCCAGCAGCAGGAGCCGCUGGAUCGCCGUCGAAACAGUACAGAAUGAGCCACAUGAGCCGCGUGAGCGGGACUUCGAGCACGUAUUCGCGGGAGGACGACGCGGGCGCGAGUGCAGCUGCCUCCGCCACUGAGGCGGCAGAAUGUGGCAGUGGCGCCACGAGCACUUCGGACCGCGCGCGUCUGCUUGAUGAAGCGUAUGAAUACUCGGACUCAGAGUUUGAAGACAACCUCGAAACUCGGCUGAAGGACCUGGAGUCCGAUUUCCGCAAGGGAGAAACAGAAACGGCGUACUUUUCAGACGCGUCCGUGGACGCGUCUGCAGAGGAGGACGAGAAGGACCUGGACAUAACGAGCGGCCGGAUAGGGCUUGAGCGCGACGCAAACGACGACGAUGACGAUCUGGACCCUGAUGACGAUAGCGACAGCAACCUUCUACCGCUGCCACCGCCAGAGGAGAUCGACCCGGACAAACUCUACGCGCUGUACCAAUUCCAAGGCCCGGACCCUUCGCACUGCCAGCUUGACCAAGAUCAAAGCUGUGUCCUGCUCAACGAUCAGGAUUCAUACUGGUGGCUCGUAAAACGGUGCAACGAUGGCAAAAUUGGGUUUGCCCCCGCCGAGAUACUCGAGACUUUUCCCGAACGACUGGCGCGUUUGAACUGCUGGAAAAACGAAAACAUGAAGCCCGACGAGGCGGCCAGCGACACAUCUACGGAAGAUGGCGACGCCAAGAAGGGAAACCUCCUUCAGAGUUACGAAAAGAGCAACAAAUCCGUCAGCUUCAACGACGUGGUCAGCUAUGCGGAGAGAUAUCUCGAAGGUAGUGACAACGAGAGUACAGAACACGUUGCAGCGGGGUCUCCUCUCGACGAGACCUACGAGUCUCGAAUUAAUGACUGCGGUGACACUAGCGAGGUGGUCAGCGACGCGUCGUUCACCGUCGCUAAUAUAGCACCCUUACAGGUGAAAAAGACAAGACCCAAGGGAGACAGCGAGACAGCACAAAGCACUCAGGCCGAAACCCUAAAGGAAGCGCCUGUACGGGAAAGCGUGGCUUCGGCCAAAAGUACAGAUGACGGUUUACGCCAAAUAUUUCAAGCACCCGCAGUGCCCUUUGCGUCCAACAAUAAGGGAAUGCCGACGUCCAAUUCCAACUAUUCCAUAUCAACUAUAGGAGAGUACUCUCCGUCUUCUUCCGAAUGGACCAAUGACUCACCGCAAAUAAGCAAUGGCGGUUUCGAUUUGGAACCUACCAACGACGCAGACGCGAUUCCAUCGACAAGAGCCAUUCAGGACAUAUCCAAGAUCUUUGCAGAACCUGUGAAAGGCCCUACAUCAGCACAGGCAGUCCAAGUAACGCAAGCUGCCUCCAAGCACGACGUCACCGCACAGCGUGAAAGCAUAUCCGCAUCAUCUGACGAUUCCUGUUUAGAUGAGGAGCGUGGCACAUCGGCCACCACGAUCAACAGCACGAUGUCCUUGCCAGACGGCAAACACGUACAUCACCCCGUGGUACUUGAACUUUACAGUCCAUUGUUCAGCCGCAUCGACGAUUUAAUGAAGAAACUAGAUCAGUUCGUUGCAGAAUGA